CCGCUCGCUGCCCCGGCACAGGAAAGCGCAGCGCAGCCGGCGCUCCCCAGCUCCGCUCUCGUUUUACUGUCUCAACCCUUCGCUGAUAGGCUGAGAAGUAGGUCUUGUGCAAGCAGCCAAUGAGAAGGCGAAUCCAAUUCUGACCAAUCAGAUGCGAAAACUGGGGAAUGAUGACAUCAAUUUGUGGUCUGACCAAUAAAAAUGCGCAGAGCAAAAGCCGUUCAUUUGCAUAGACGCGCUAUAAAUGGGAGGCAUGCAGCCGUGCUCCUCACUUCGCUCCUGGGUUGGUUCUGCAGCCGUACCGUGCUGGUAGGAGACAAGCCGCUGUCACCAUGCCCGAGCCGGCCAAGUCCGCCCCCGCGCCCAAGAAGGGCUCCAAGAAGGCGGUGACCAAGACGCAGAAGAAGGGCGACAAGAAGCGCAAGAAGAGCCGCAAGGAGAGCUACUCCAUCUACGUGUACAAGGUGCUGAAGCAGGUGCACCCCGACACGGGCAUCUCGUCCAAGGCCAUGGGCAUCAUGAACUCCUUCGUCAACGACAUCUUCGAGCGCAUCGCGGGCGAGGCGUCGCGCCUGGCGCACUACAACAAGCGCUCCACCAUCACGUCGCGGGAGAUCCAGACGGCCGUGCGCCUGCUGCUGCCCGGCGAGCUGGCCAAGCACGCCGUGUCCGAGGGCACCAAGGCUGUCACCAAGUACACCAGCUCCAAGUAGGGCGUCUCGGACCGUCACUUUUAACCCAAAGGCUCUUUUAAGAGCCACCCACCUUCUCAAUAAAGGAGCUGAACAAUCAUAACUUGCCUAGCUCCUCCCCAUGACUGCUUUGGGUUCUCCUUUCAAGUAAGAAAACACGGGAAGAUUAAUUUCUUUUUACUUAUCUGACCUCUUCUGCAUUAAUAUUUCACUAAUUGUAAUAAAACUAUUAAACACUAAGAAAUUAGACACUC